CCGGCGCGCAUGAGCAGUGCUCCUCUGAGCCCGCCAGCCCGAGUCUCGGCGCCAGCGACGCCGCUGUCACUAUGGCCCAUUACAAAGCCGCCGACUCGAAGCGUGAGCAGUUCCGGAGAUACUUGGAGAAGUCGGGGGUGCUGGACACACUGACCAAGGUGUUGGUAGCCUUAUAUGAAGAACCAGAGAAACCUAAUAGUGCUUUGGAUUUUUUAAAGCAUCACUUAGGAGCUGCCACCCCAGAAAAUGCAGAAAUAGAGCUGCUUCGCCUAGAAUUGGCAGAAAUGAAAGAAAAAUAUGAAGCUACUGUAGAAGAAAAUAAAAAACUGAAAGCAAAGCUUGCUCAGUAUGAACCACCUCAAGAGGAGAAGCGUGCUGAAUAGGAUUCUUCUCAGUUGAAAAGACACUGAAAAAUGGUUUUGUAUGACUUGAAUAGUUUGUAUAGUAUAUAAUCUUUUCUGGACAGAUGCUAUAAAACUCUUUUAAUAUGUUAAGUUCACUUAUCACAGUUUGUUAUUAAACACAUAUAUUUAGAAUCACUAAUAAAACUUAAUAUUACAUUCAUUGGGUCUUAAAGCAGGAGAAUCCAAAGGAAAUUCUGAAGGAAAUCUAAACCGUCAACCAAUUAAUUACCUUAAAGGACACUGUUUUAUUAGUCUGGUUGAGAAUGAUGGUACUGGUUGUGGUUUAGCCAAGGAAUUUUAGCACAGAGUUGUAUUUCUUGGUUUGGUUCAGGAUAUGAGCAUAGAUACAGUCAUUCUUUACAAUGUUGAUGACAGUAGUUAUAUUCCUUUAGGCAGCUGGAAAGAUGUGUGACAUAAGAUGCUUUUGCACGAGUUUCUAGGAGUCUUCUGCUGUUUAUAUAAUGCAGAACAAAUAACUCUUCUUUGCCACCACUUUGCCUUAGAGAACUGUAUGUGUCAGUGUGAACUUGACAACAUGUUUCCCUUCUAUGCAAUCAUGCCCUGUCACAUAUGUUGCCUUUGUUCUGUGCUUUAGUUAGUCCUAGCUGUAUACUAGCCUUGUUUUCGGUUUGCUUAAUAAUGCAGUUACCACGAUUGCAGUUUACAUAACUCUAAACAGGAUCACAAUGAUAUGCUGCCUUACCUAACUGCUAAGUUGAGCACAAAAUGAAGUUAAUAUAAUUGUGGGCCCCGGCAUAAGCUGGGAUGGAAAGGGAAAUGAGCCAUAUAUGAUGGAAAAUUAUAGUUUGUGAAUUUAAUUCUGUAGUGGUUUUUUCCUCUCUCAAAAUAUUUUUCUAGCCUUCAACUCAUUUUAUCUUCGUUAUCCCUGUGAAGUAGGUAGGGCAAGAAUGAGGAGAUUGGGUAUUGAAAUUUUAGGCCAAAAACUGAUACUUAAUACAAAUUAGUUUUUAACCUUGGGCACAUUGGUUAGCCACUCCGAUUUACUUUCCUUAACUCUUAAGUGAGAAAGACUAUCUGUACUGCCUACCUCACAGGGUUGUUGUGAGGGUCAGAUGAGAAUGUAUGUGCAAGAUCUGUAAAUGGUAAAGCACUAUAUUCCUGUU